AUGCGUGUCCUACUUUCUGGAGGCUCUGGCUUCAUCGCCGCCCACGUCCUUGACGAUCUCCUCGAGCGUGGCCACUCUGUCGUCACCACCGUUCGUUCGCAAGAGAAGGCAGACAAGAUCAAGGCCGCACACUCCAAGUACGGCAAGGACAAGCUCGACUUCGCUCUAGUUGAGGAUGUCGCCCAGGAGGGUGCUUUCGACAAGGCCAUCGUCUCUGACCCACCAUUCGAGGCUGUCAUUCACACUGCGUCGCCGUUCCAUUUCAACGUCACAGACGUGCAAAAGGAACUCCUCGAUCCGGCUGUCAUUGGCACCGAGGGAAUCCUGAAGUCGAUCAAGAAGAAUGCACCCACCGUUAAGCGUGUGGUCAUCACCUCCUCCUUCGCCAGCAUCGUCAAUCCAUCCAAGGGAACAUGGCCCGGUCACGUCUACUCGGAGGACGACUGGAACCCAAUGACUUUGGAGGACGCGCUCAAGGACCCAGCCGCCGGCUACCGUGCAAGCAAGACCUUUGCCGAGCGUGCAGCAUGGGACUUUGUCGAGAAGGAGAAGCCCAACUUCACCAUCGCAACAAUGUGCCCGCCGCUUGUAUUGGGACCUAUCGUUCACUACCUGAACUCUCUCGACGCCCUCAACACCUCCAACCAGCGAAUCCGCGACACCAUGCUCGGCAAGUACAAGGACGAGAUCCCUCCUACUGGCACCUUCAUCUGGGUCGACGUGAGAGAUUUGGCAUUGUGCCACGUGCUGGCAGCUGAGAAAGAGGAUGCUGCAAACAAGCGCUUCUUCAUCACGGCGGGACACUUCAGCAACUUGGAGAUUGCCAAGGCGAUUGCGAAGGGCUACCCAGACUUGAAGGAUAAGCUUCCAGCGCUCGACGGAUCCAAGGGCGGUGACUACCCCAAGGAGGGCAUUUACCAGGUCAACAGCAAGCGCGCGGAGGAAGUACUCGGUAUCAAAUGGCGCAGCUUCGAUCAGGCUAUUGUCGACACGGUGAAGAGUCUGCAGGCUGUGGGUGCGUAG